UCAUAUGAAUAGCCAGCAGGGAGAUGAAUAAUGAUUUCCAUAACAGGCUACCCAUAAUGCGUGCUGUGUGCACGUGAGUCAUGGACAGGUGUUUACAGCUGUAAGCGUUUGCUCAACUCCUGCAGCACUGCUACUGUACACCAACCCGAGGACGUUAAAGCUUGAACCAAGAUCAAGAGUUUGGUAAAGUUACCAGAGAUGGCUUCAAGUUUUUCUGAGAAUUCCUUGGAACAGGAGCUUAGCUGCUGCAUUUGUCUCCAACUAUUUUCCGACCCUGUAACGUUUCAUUGUGGACAUUCAUUCUGCCUCGCAUGUCUGGAGAAGAGCAGGAGCUUUAAGGCAGAUUUAUCUGACAAUCGCUGCCCAGAUUGCAGAGUGGAGUACGAGAAUUCUGAAUUUCCACAGAGGUACCUUAAACCGCAAAACACAGUUGAAAGUUGCAAGGCCACCAUUCAGGAGACAGAUGAAGGUGCACCUCAGAGAGGCGUAGAAGUAGAGGUGAUGGAACAAAAAGAUGAGCCAUCUUGUUCUAGCCAGGAAGAAGAUGGAUGUGAAGCAAUGUGCAACACUGGUAACGAUAUUGCUGAUCGUUCAGACUGUAUAGAAAUCAAGUUGUCCAAUGAGUUAAGCAAACACAGAUCUCGAUUAACUCCUGUGAUGAUGGAUAUCCAAGCCAAGAUUGAACUCGUGGAUGAUCUGCUGGCCAAGGCAAAGGAAAAAGAAGCCGCAGUCAAGACAUCAAACACCAGAUUUAAAGCAGAAGUGAAAACGGUUCUGGAGGAGAUGGUGGAGCUUCUAAGGAGCUACAGCACAGCAGGGAUGGAGCUUCUAGAGGCCCAGUUAAGGCCAAGAGAGGAGGUUUGGGAGACCAGUGUUCAAACACUGUCCGAUCUCCAUAGGCAGCUUAAGGAAACAGAGCUCCAAGUUAACACCUUGUUGAAGGAGCAAGAUGAAGUUAGAGUUUGUAAAGAGAUCCUAGAGGUUGAGAAACUUGCUGCCAGCCUGAUUGCAGAACCUCAGAAAAUUGGAGCGUGUGAUGAAAAUGAGGCAACCAUCAACAUGACCCCCAUGUGUGAGGAAAUGGAACACUGCAAUUACGACCUCCGUCUCAAACUUGGAGCUGCCCAACGUCGUUUACGAAAUAUUCUCAACCCUUCUGAGGUGACUUUUGACUCUGAGACUUUGCAUCCUUGCCUGGUGCUGUCUGAGGAUCUUAAAACUGUGUCCUUCAGUGUUGUCAAACAACCUUAUCCAGCUGGACCACAGAGGUUCACCAACUACUUUCAGGCUCUGAGUUCCCAAAGCUUCUCCAAAGGAGAACACUGCUGGAUUCUGCAAGCCGAAGGUUGCCCAUGGGUUCUGGGGCUGUGCUAUGGGGGGCUGCCCCGCUCUGGUACUGAAAGUGGUCUAGAAAGCAGAAGUGGAGCUUGGUGCCUAAUGUGGUACGAAAACCUACUUAGGGCAUAUGAAGGAGGAAGAGAGACCCCGCUCAAGCGUACCCCUUUUUUCCAGAAGCUGGAGAUCCGCCUUAGCUUCAGCAAAAACUGUGUAACAUUUUCUAGCAUAAGCAAUGUUACUGGAGCCAAAACUCAUCUCCACACUUUUAAUGUGAGCUUCAUUGAGCCUGUCUAUUUGGCUGUGAGAAUGAUGUCUGGUCAGCCUAAAGCUCGAAUAACAUUGUGCGGGUAAUGUUAAAUCCGCCUCAUAGCAACAGCAUCUCCGGUUCUCUCCUGAGCUUUUGCAUGUUCUUCUUGUUUCUACAAUUUUAAAAAUAAAAUCUGGUUUUUCUUCUUC